GACAUGCGCAAUGUCAAUAUCUUAGCAAGCCAUCUUGUGGAAAGGUCUUUGGAAUAACGUUAUUAUUGUACGAUUUUGACAUGCACAUUUGGCCUAAGAUGAAUUUUCAUAGGAGAAAAUGACUCUCCUAGUUAUCAACCAUGAAUGCCCGGAGCCCAAUGCAGUCCUAUUGGAGCAACUCGCUGGCAAUUCGUCAGGAAAUUCAGCGCUUCGAAAGCGUGCACCCAAGUAUCUAUGCUAUUUAUGACUUGAUCGAAGCGAUUCCCGAUCCAUUGAUUCAACAACAAAUACGUGAACAUGUGGUUUGCAUUGAAGAUUCAUUUGUAAACAGUCAAGAAUGGACACUAAGUCGCUCAGUCCCAGAUCUCAAACUGGGUAUUCUUGGAAGCGUACAAAGCGGAAAGUCGGCUCUGGUACACCGCUACCUUACAGGCUCCUACAUGCAGGAGGAAUCACCAGAAGGUGGGCGAUUUAAGAAAGAAGUGAUCUUGGAUGGGCAGAGUUAUCUUCUCCUUAUACGAGAUGAAGGAGGUGCUCCUGAAAUGCAGUUCACACACUGGGUUGAUGCCAUCAUCUUCGUCUUCAGUCUAGAGAACGAGCUCAGCUUCCAGGCUGUGUACAGCUACUAUGCCAAGAUGGCGCACUACCGCAACGCUGCUGAAAUACCACUCAUAUUGGUAGGAACGCAGGAUGCCAUAAGCGAAAGUAAUCCUCGCCUAAUUGACGACAUGAGGGCGAGAAAACUAGCCUCGGAUUUGAAGAGAUGCUCCUACUAUGAAACGUGUGCCACAUAUGGUUUAAAUGUCGAGAGAGUCUUUCAGGAUGCAUGCCAAAGGAUAGUGCAGACCCGGUACCCAUCUUUGCCAUCUACUGUGACCCCUGUCCCAAGUACCCCAAACCACUCACAACGAUCCUACUAUGGCACACAGUCCAGCAAGCCCUAUGAUAGUCAUAGCACCAGCAGUCAGUCAACAUCUAGCUCCGGAACACUGGUAACCGGGACGAGUAUCCAGAACAACACUAGUCAAGGGGGGAACCAGGGCCAGCAGUCAGGGAGUACUACCAAAGAGAAAGAGAUGCGAGAAUCCACAAAGGAGAAGUCAGAUAGAAAGAAGAAGGAGCAUCAGCAUCUCCCUCCACCCCAGCAGCUCCCCCCUCCUCUCCCUGAGCCCGACUCACAGGAUGAUAGAGUUGAUUUUAGAGAAGUAACAGCAUCGACACCUCUGGCUGUUCGGAAAAAUAAAAAACCCACCGCUUCUGUUCAGAAAUCCAACUCCUUUAGUGGAGCUACUGAUCUUCGCCAACAUGCCCACCAUUCCACGGCCAAUUUUUUGGCUCGGAAAAACAAACAAUCUCUGAAGCCUACUUUCAUGAGUGAAAAAAUGGAUUCUUACAUGAUGGAAUUACAAAUUCACGACAAUAGUCCUUUCACCCCUCUCCUGACUAGAAUGACCCGUGUCAGGUCCAGCCUCAUACUAGAUAAACCUGAAGGGAAAGACUUGCCUACUCCAACAAGCACUCCAACGCAGUCUAGAAAAAACAGACGGAGGUCGAAUCUCUUCAAUCCUAAGAAGGAGGAUGAGAAGAAGUCCGAGGGGGAGAAGCUUGGCAGUGGACGGGCGAUACCACUAAAACAGGGUUACUUGUACAAGAAGAGCCAUGGGCUGAACAAGGAAUGGAAGAAGAAAUAUGUGUGUCUGCAAGACCAAGGCAAGCUCACGUACCAUCCGAGUUUGCAUGACUACAUGGAUGAUGUGCACGGGAAGGAGAUCCCGCUAGUACACACGACGGUGAAGAUACCAGGAUUGCGGCCUCGCGGCUCUCGAACAACCACCACUACGACCACCGCCCAUCACCCACCACCACCACCAGUCAAUGGAGAUAUCAGCAGUCUCUCAGUUUCAGAAGCUACGCAAGACGGUGUUCCUACGAUAGAUAACUCUCUGGUUAUACCAAACUCAUCAAUAACCCCACCUGGUUUUGAUGGUUCUGAUUCGCCACGCCCCUCGCCACGGCCACCUCCUCGACCGAAAACUUCAGGAGUACCACGGUUGGGUAUCAACAACUCAGCGCUGAGCUCCAAAGCAGAGACUCCCAAUGUCAAAAAGAGGCAUCGGAGAGCGAAAAGUGGAGGGAUUAAAAAUAUUGAUCCUAGUCAAGGAGAUGAUUCUGAUGGUUACGAGUUUGUUAUAGUUUCUUUAGAAAAUAAACAAUGGCACUUUGAAGCUGGAAAUGGAGAGGAGAGGGACGAGUGGGUGUGUGCCAUCGAGCAACAAAUUCUUACUAGUCUUCAAGGCAAUGAUAGCUCAAAGUCAAAGGCCUUGACAGACGUAGCAGGGAUGCAAGCGAUCCGAAAUGUGAGGGGAAACAAUGCCUGUGCAGACUGUGGCUCUCCAAACCCUGACUGGGCUAGUAUUAACAUGGGAGCUCUGAUCUGUAUAGAGUGUUCAGGCAUCCACCGCAACCUAGGAACUCACAUCUCCAAAGUUAGGUCACUGGAUUUGGAUGAAUGGCCUCCGGAGGUGACGAAGGUGAUGACAGCUAUUGGCAAUAGUACGGUCAACUCUGUGUGGGAAGCUAGUGCUGGUGCUAAGGAGAGGACCAAGCCUACCCAGUCCUCCCCCAGAGAUGAGAAGGAGAGAUGGGUUAAGUCCAAGUAUGAACUUAAGGAACUAUUACCACCACUUCCCUAUGUGGAUAUCCCAGUUAACCAGCAACUGAUUGAUGCUCUGGUCCGUGAGGAUAUCCGAAAUAUUGUCAUAAUCCUGGGUCAUGGUCAGCCUGAUGACAUCAAUGCCCCGUACAGUAAAGAUGAUGGCCGAACAGCACUUCAUAUAGCUGCAGCACUGGGAAAUGUAGUCUUUGUGCAGUUGUUGCUAUGGAAUAAUGCCAGCGUGAAGGUGGUGGACCAUGAAGGCCGGAAUGCUCUGUGGUAUGCCAAGAGUUCCGGAUCCACAGAAUGUGUAGAGCUCCUAAUUAACAAUGGCUGUCCUGAGCAUCCAACAUUGCCACGGAGGAGAGGCAGUGCUCAGCCCUCGGGCAAAAAUGAUGUAUUUGACAAAUUGCCUGCAAGUGUUAUUUGAGCAGUUACCACAGACAGAAAAGACACCAGUGUGAAGGGCACAAGCAUUGAUUAUUCCUGGAAACCACACACAAAUAUCAGUCCCAUUGCAGUCCCAGUGCGACUUGGUGUUGUCAAUCGGGUUCAGCCACCAGAGGGUAUGUCAGGUUUCGAUAUGACUUUGACAGUGGUGAUGGCAUAUGUACGUACCUAAGUGUCGAAGGUGAUUAGCUAGAUUGCCUUAGUUUGACGUACCAGCCCAUAACGCAUGUGUGUUAAUGUUUCGCUGCUUAGCCCUGUUUCAGUUGCACACUAGUAGAGUGUGACCAGUGCUAAACAGUCUCACUGCCUUUAGCUGACCUCAGCGUUAAGUGCAACAGAGGAAAGAUGAUGGAUUGAACACUACUGCCAACUGAGCAGCGAUCUCCACGAUCGAGGUCAUGCUUGAGGUCAUGUGACAUCCUCAUUCAGUGGGAUCACCUAUGCCUUCCCAGAACCCCUGAGGCAAAAUGGUGGCUUAGGAUGGGACAAUCCAAGGUAACUGAGGGAAGUUACCGACUACAAGCGUUAUAAUGUUGUGAUAAAGAGACCGUGUAAAUUAUUCUGUAUGGAGAUAUGCAAUCAUAUCUUGUGACUUUCUGUAGGGAUUCCCUCACGUGUCUGCCCUGGUCACCAGAAGAUAGCAAUGCAUGCUGGUUUAUCAACAGUAGGAGUCAGUGUGAAUCUUGUUAUCAUCAUCACUGUGUAUCGUUUUAGUUAGGUUAUCAUGCUCAUGUCACAAGAACUGGAUUUUUUAAAGGAUUUUUUUUUCUUUUUUCAUCUCUUCCAUUUAAUAUGCUGUGAAAUCGUCUUAUCACUGUGGCAUGAGUAGUAGUGUUUUCAGUUGUGUUAGGUUACAGAACCAAUGAGUUGUGUUAAUCUGGUUUAUAUGAUGUUUUGAUUGUUGGCAUUUUUUUGGUGAAAAGAUUUUCCUACUAAUGGACAGAUGUGUAAAGGCACAAGCAUUUAAGUCAAUAUGUGACACUAAUCAUAUGAAUGCAUUUUCAUGUGAAAUGUUGAAAUAGUUUAUGAAACUAUGCUGUUAGUUGAGAGUGCAAUAUUGAUUUUGAGUGGAGACCAGGGUAGACAACUCUUGUUUCAUUUAGGUAUUCUUGAAGUGUGCUCAUUUUCUGAGGUUUUAUCUCAACUAUGGUGUGGAGAACUCUCAAUAGUGCCAUCUUUUGAAGAACCAUCUUACCUUGAAAUAUCUCGAUUUUUAUUAAUAUCCUUGAAUAACAUUGUGAUACUUUCUGUCAAAUUUAAUCUUAAAUGGAAUUCAUUAUUCUUUGUGGUAAAAUCAUUAUAUCAUAUCAACAUAAGCAAUUCUUUAGCAAAUGCAGUGUCAAUAUAUACUACUCUCAAGAAGUUAAAAAACACCCAAUUUUUUUUCAUAUGGCUAUGGUUAAUUUCUCAUGGCCUUGAAGUGAAAAUCAGGUGUUCUUUAUAUCUUUUGAGUAGUAUAUUGUUUUGUCUUGUGAAGGAGUUGAUCUCUGUGUCUGUGUUUCCCAAACUGUUGAGAGUCAUCUACACCCUGGUACUAAUUGCCUGACAACUGUUUCUGCAAUAUAAGUGCUGGCUGAUAUAGAUAGUAUCUUCCUACAACUAGUUGUCACAGUAUUGACCUGUUGGUCUAGGCAGCAGGCUCUUGCUUUUGUUACUUUGUUGAUCUUGAAUCCUAUACCCCUUGUCGGCAUUCGACAUUUACAUUUUGUUGUCCUAUCAUGAAAUCCCAUCGUCAUAUGAACCUGUCCGAAUUCAUUCUCUAUUCAAUCACGUUAAUCAAUAGAUAGAUUGAUCUCUUCCCGUUUCAGCAUUGUGUUAAAAGUUUGUUAUUUGAGCUAAUCUGUGCAAAGUAUGAAACACCCUGUUUUGUAGUUGUUGUUGAAAUAGUUGAUCACUGCUGCAUUUCAUGUUGACUUUAACCAAUCAGGAUGUAUCUGUGAAGCUAGUCACUCGAUGUCCACUAACAGUCGUUACUUUAAGCAGGUUUAUAAACAUGACUAAUUAACUAUUUGCUCAGGUGUUAAACACACUUCUUCACAAGGUUGUCGUACGUUAGGCUUGUAGCAGUGUCUCAUUUUGUGACUGUUACGGUUAAAAUGUUAUUUAAAUAUGGUUGAAGCAUUAGAUUCAGUAGUCAUGAUCAGGGCAUUUGGUGUAGAAACUACACAGGGUCCGAUGUGUGAAGUUAGCGCAAAUGUACAUCAGAAUAAUGUGUUGACCUUUUUCUUGAAACAGUAUCAGUGUUCAUACUACUUUGUGGGCGGUCGGGUAGCCUAGUGGUUAAAGCGUUCGCUCGUCACGCCGAAGACCCGGGUUCGAAUCCCGACAUGGGUACAAUGUGUGAAGCCCAUUUCUGGUGUCCCCCGCCGUGAUAUUGCUGGAAUAUUGCUAAAAGCGGCGUAAAACCAAACUCACUCACUCAUUCAUAUUACUUUGUAAUCCAAUAUAUCUUUUAUAUUCCAUUAUACAGUUUCAGAGUAGGUGAAUAUUUCAAUUGUAGUCAAAUAGAGAGGUUAAACUGUCUUAGGAAAAAUGCUUCAGUUACCAUGGAGAAAUAUUAAAUAAUCAAACAGAAAGACUUAGUGAUGGUAAGGUAUUUUGGACCAGCUCUUUAAAGCACCUAAAUGACUACCUGUAAGUUAUGGUGUAGGGAAUAAGGAAAUUGAAAUAGAACAUGUGUUGAAUGAACAGUUGUACUUUGGUCAAUCGUAGCGCACAUAUAAUCACAAUGGCAAACAAAAGCUCAACAUAAUAGAAAAGUGUAAACAUUUCUAGGAAUAUUUUUUUUUCACUGAACUUUUCCAAUAUAGCUUAUUUUUAGGUAUUUGUUCACUUACUGUAAGUUGUUGAAAGUAAGGCAGUUGUUUGUUUGCAGCAUAUUGAUAGAUUUAAAGAACACAUGCAGUAGUUGUCAGUGCUUGCUCAGGAAACGCCAUGGGAGUUGCUUAGUAUUUCCUCUAGAUAGUGAGAAAUCAAGCAAGUUGGAAUUGAAUGUAUGCAUUUAUUAGAUACUUAUUUUCAUACCGUUCCCUUGUUCAUGCAGUAAUGAUUGAGUAAUUUUGAUUAGUUCAAAAAAAUUGAAUAGAAGUCUCCUUGUAUAAGAGUAUGGUGUCAUAUUGAUAGAAAAAUAGGAUAGGAAUUACUAGGGAAUAACAGUUAUUGGGCCAAUGGACCUCUCUUGAUCAGAACUGAAGGGUUGUGUUUGAAAAUGGGACAAUGACCCCAUUCCUAAGAGCUGAUGUCCUAUAGGCAUGAAUUCUAAUAACAGGUAGACAGUAGCUUUGUGAAUUGUACAUCAAAUUAUUUUUGAAUGGCUUUAUCUUUGACGACUUGAUUUCCCAUGUGCCAAGUGUCUGCUUUUUGACCUGAUCUUCCUGCACUGCUAAGCUGCAACAUCACGUUUUGCCUGGAUUGAUUAAUUCAGUGGAUAGUUUGUCAUCCCCUCCAGUCAUCCUUCCAUGUGUCUGAAGUAGCUGUCUUUUGUGUAAUUCGGUUACUAGUGACGUCAGCUAUUGGCGGUUCUAAACUUCAGAAAAUUAGAAUCUUCAUUUUGGUCAUGAUUUCUGCAUAGACCAUUCUAUUCUGGCGCUGUAGGAGUAGCCUAGUGGUUAAAGCAUUCAUGGCCACACCAAAAGUCCAGGUUUGAUUCUGCACAUUGGUACAAUGAAAUAUAUUUUUGGUGUUAUGUGCUGUGAUAUGGCUGGAAAAUGGCUAAGAGCAGCUUAGGACCUAACAGUCAUGGCGACCUAAGUUUAUCAAGAAAGGCAGAUUUUCACAUGCUUUAUGAAGGUAUCAUGUAGCAAGGUAAUGUCUGCUUCUCUGCUGUCCGAGGUUUUUCUGAAGUAGCUCCAUCGAGGAGUAACUCGAACUUUGAAAAUGAGUUGUUUUAGUAGCUGGAUGUUUCUUUUGGAGAAGUAAGUUACAAAAAUGUGUUUGGGUUAAGGAGUUCUAGAAUCCUUAGCCAACAACUUAAUUGUUUAUUUAUGGUGCAAGUUCAAACCACAAUUCAAAUUAGAGAAGUGUGUUUUAAAGAAGAAAGAUGUGUUGUUACAGGUACAGUAUAUGCUACUCAAAAGAAGUUAAGGACCCGAUUCUUUCAUAUUACAGUUAAUGCCAAGGAAUUGUCAUUAUUAAGCAGAAGAAAUUGCUGAAAUAUUGAAUGUAGGACUGUUUAACUGUUUGCAGUAUCAGUGAAAACCAAGAUAUUCCAACAGGUUUCAUUCUGGAGUCUCUGAUACGGUAAGGUAGGGUAUUAAGGUACAAUUUGCAUCCAACUGUGACACUUUCUCGAACCUACAACCAAGACUAGGUCAUCCCACAGCAUCUACACAGGUAGUUUGCAAGUUGAAUGUUAAGUUAGAUGUUUUCUUUGACACGAAUGAUCUCAACUAAAGAUUUUGAUUACUUUCAAAAUUGUCAAGAAAUCUCAAACAUUUUCAUUUUCAACAAUUUUGUGGAAAUGCAAGUGAAACGGGUUAUGUUGUUAAGUUUCAGACACUAUAAUAUACUACUCGACAUUUGCUGAGGACCACACCUUUGAUUAGAGCAGGGAUAGAAAUAAGCACUAGCCUGCUAGCCUGAGCCAUUUUCGCUAAUGUUGAAGGUAUCCUCAGGGCUGGUAGAAUUUCAAACAUUUUGGGGAUGUUCUUAUAUGUUAUCACUGUCUUGGUUAAUUUCUAUCCCUGUAAAGAUGUCUAUGUUGAUCCUUAGCAAAUGUUGAGUAGUAUAUAUGGCUUAAGCACUUAUUUUGUGGUUCUACUUAGAUAGAUAUGGCUAUGCAAAAUCCCAUUUCUCAGGAAGCUGAUUCAAAGGAAAUUUCUUUGGUAAGAGGAACUAUUCACGUUAGGUAGGAAUCAGAACUUUAAUUUUUCUUAAGUUAAUUGUGUACUUCUUAGAGAUUAUUGAUACUUUUAGAUUGUGGGCCUGCUUAGAAAAUAUUCUCUUUCCCGACGGUCUUCAUUUUCAUGAUUUCAUAUUACUGUAAAACUGGAAAGCUUUGUGAAAAGGAAAUGACUGCUAAAAAACUGCGAUUGAAACAAAAUCACAAUAGUUUCAUGGCACAGUUAUAUUUUGUAAGACCAACAAUGAACAAAAAAUGCUAAGGUGCACAUUUCUACCACACAUUGUCAAACCAGCCACUGCAUGAUUAAAUACAUAAUCCCUCCCAUCAUGUGUUUCUUUAAUUACACAUUGUCAUUCAGCAUCAAUAGUCUACAGGGGAAAGUUCACUAACCUGUCACAUCGGGUCUAGUUGCUCACACAACACUGAGAAGUAUUCCAGAUGUACACCAGCCAGUCUAUAGAGCAUGAUAGUAGUAGAUAAUCACACUACUCCAGUCCUCCAUGUCAACUGCAACACAUGCAUCUAUAGUUUAAAAAUCAUGAACUGACACCAAGUUACCAUUUCAUCACCCCGCUUCCUACUUAUACAAUAAUAAUCUUUUGUAAUCUUAAAAGGGUGUUGCAUAACUUUCCAGAUGCAGUUAAGGCUAUUGUAAGGCACUCACAAUAAUUCAUGUGUGAAACUUUCCAGAGUUUCAGUAUCUAAAUACAUUUCACUUCAACACAUCGAAUGAGUCUUGAAGCACAAAAUAUUCACAAUUAAUUCUGAUUUAAUAUGACUGUUCGAGUUAAGUUUCAAUAUCUUGCAUGCUACUUCAUGACUUCGAUAUAUCGCCAGUCCUACAAAGUAUUUGUAUAAGUGUGGAGUUGCUUUCACAAUUUCCUGUAUGUUCUACCUCCUCUAAUGGCCAUUAUGACUUUAUGCAAAUAGUGAAACACAGUAUCUCUAUGAUAAACUUGAUCUCAAAACGUACAUUUCAUGAACUAUUACGUCACUGAAAUAUUCUGAUAAAGGAGUGUGUAUUCAAAUUGGAAAUAAUCUUUUUUCCUUAUUGAAUGGUUUGGAGGAUAUCACUGAAUAGAUGUGGUUAAUGCCUUAAAUCAUUGCCCAGUUUCUGGACAUUGUUUUAACACAGCUAUGUAACAAAAGUGAACCACCGAAAUUAUCUCCCUUGCAAGCAUAUAGUUAGAGUUGUUUCCCUUUGAUAAUGUGUAAACCCUAAUGUAUAACUUUAUUAUUCACCAUCAUCAUACAUUUGUUAUCAUUUAUUCUAAUUAAGUUAUAUCCAGGUUAUCAACAACAUUUAUUUCAUUCAUGCUAGUGUAUAGUAGAUCCAUAAGAAGUCCUAUUUAUUUGUGUGCCAUUUAUGGAGACUGGCAAAAUUCGCAGUGCAAUUGUUGUUAAAAUGCUAAAAUAUUUUGUUCGUCCAUAUGUACAUAACAUGAGCUGUUCUUAGCUUAUACAGCAAUCCUAGAUGUACAUAGAUCUUAGUAUGGCUAUAAUUUUAGACUACUUUCUAUUUUUCUUUUUUUUUUCUUUUUUUUAUAUUAAAGAAAUUAGGAACUGGCUACUUCCUAGAUCUCAGUUGCUCCCACUGAAAGCUAUAUUACUAUGCUGCAAUUUGGUGCCAUAUUGAAAAAAUGGCAUUUAGAAGCAAAUGUUUUUUUGUAAACUUAUCUCUAUGUGACAAUGAACUGUGAAUUGUGUUUUACUUACACUGCAGUAUGUGUACCAAACAUUAAAUUAAACCUGCAGUUUCAGGCCACGCCAAAUUAUUUUUUCCUUUGGAAGUAUUUUCCUGAAUACAAAUCUGUAUUUGGGGAAAAUUGAGGUGAUUAUUACGAACAGAUAUUCGAUAUGUUGUGGCCUUAUGUGUUUCAAAUUAAGGAAUCAUGCUUAAUCAAUUCAUAGAAAACAAUAGAAAGUGUGGUCUGUGCUCUGAUGUGGAAGAUUGUGCUGACAAGAUAGUUUUUUCACCGUCGAAUAGAAAUGAAAUUGGUAUAAUUAAUAACUACUACUAAUAAUGUGUAUUGUUAAAAAUUGAAGCUUUCAGUAUUCGUUGAUAUUUAUGACCUGUGAAGUAGGCUCCCAAUCUUUAGAUGCUUGAAAUAACUCCUAUAGCCUUGCUCACAAUAAAUCAUAUCAGUCGUCGUUCAUUGUAUUUCUAUGCAUACCCUUGCAAAACUUACUUGAUUUUAAACUUUCUCAGUAAAGUCUGUACUUUUUUAAAUGUUUAUCAAUAUUUUACCUAUCUUGUUUUAUUAUUAUUAUAAUUAUUAUCACGACAGUUGUUUUUCCCCCAGGAUGCAUGAAAGGAUCGAUGUAAUAAUCAAGUUUGAGAUCCCAUUUUCAAGAAUUAACCAUGCACAGCUUAGGUUGAUAUUUGAUAUUGUUUAAAGUUUAUUUUGAUCAACUAACUUACAUACAUUGAGGAAAGGGCAUGGUAUUUUUUUUGUCUUUUAUGAUUUAAAUAUUUUACAGUUCAUAUUCUAUUUGUAAAGUUCUUAUUUUAGACUGCAUCCUUUCUGAAUUGAACAAAGUUGUACAUUUGCCAUGUGUGUUGUACUUAAGGUCCUGACAUUGUACAUCUUCUGAAGACAUUAUUAACAUACAUACAAUUCUUUAUCUCUAUCUCCAAGCUCUUUGAUGUUUUAUCAGCUGAUUUUAGAAGCAUGUACAAAGACUUGUAUUCCUGUGAGAUUUCGCUACUGGGGCGGGGUCACAUCUUCAACAGUCCGUCGUCUGUACCCACAAUGCUUUGACCGAAAAACAGUUGACGUCAUCUGAAAGCUUUCUACAUGUUGGACUGUGGACGUCAACUUGUGUAGAUAUUUUAUACAACCAGGGGCUGAUGUACAAAUAAACAAUACAACAAAGUGGAUAACA